GAGAUUCUUUCAAGUGGCUCUCCUCCCCUAUCAUGGGAGGAUCUCCUCCAAAGUACUAUGUAAAUUUGAGAUUGAUUCAUGGAGUAUUGUCCUGUGGCUUGACAGAGACAGAAUACACAAGUUUCUGUCAAGCAGCCAACAUCGGGUCAGAGGGAGAAAAGACCUCCGACACAGUCUUGAAAAAGCUCAGUUACUUGACAGUCAUGAAGAGGGUCUCCAAUGAGUCGAUGUUGGCUGCUCAAGAACAAGUGAAGAGUAACCCUGCAUAUGCUGUGAAUGGAGAGUGUGUUAUAACAGAUGCAAGGCAUGAUUCCAGUCAAUCAGCAGCACACACAACAGUGUCAGCCCUUUCUUUCUGGACCAAAAAGGUGUUAGCAGUUGUCAACUGGAGUAGGGCCAAUGAAACUUCAGCAGUAAGCUGUGAGGUCCCUAUGACAAAAGAGCUGCUGACUUAUCUCUCUGAGACACAAGGGUUCCAUGUUGCAGAGGUGGCAUAUGACUUUGUAUUACAGCUAAAAACAUGGAUCUUGUCAAAAGGAAUGCUUAAUUCCUUUGACUCUUGGCAUGGUGCAAAGUCUGUGACUAAAGCAAUGAAGGAAGUUGCCUCAGGGGCCCAGAGGGAUGAGGGCUCAAAGUGGUUUUUUGAAUUGUUCGACAAAGUGAAAAGUACAAGGACUCUUGUAUACUUCUGCAUGAAGAACAGUCCACCCAAUGAAGAAGAAUUUCAGGGUACACUGUUGAAUGUAGUUGACCAUUACCAGGGAAAUCAUGUCAGAUGCCAUGCGGAGUCACGGUGCAAGCAGAAUGGCUAUGUGAUGAGCAAAAAACUUUUAACUAAACCUGAAGUAGUAGCUGCAUGCAGGGAAGCCAUUAUGGGCACUUCAAUUUAUAGGCAUGCAUCGGACUACAUGCGGUGCAGGGAAACAUAUUGGAUUGAGUCUCUCCAUUCAGUGAUGCUCAUUUAUGCUGCAAAGCGGAUUCAUUAUGGGGAUGACACAUACAACAUGUGCAUGGAGUUAGCCAUUCUUGAUUGGAAUGAAAAUGUGAAUCGAGAAGCAUCGUCUCUACAGAUGUACCAACAUACCAGGCAUCCAAACCGCUUGGCAGAGACCAGGGUGCUUACUUCAAAGACAUUUAAUUUCAGAGAAACUAUCUGGUCUACCUUUUUUAAUAUAAACAAAUGAUGUCUCUUCUGUUUUCCAUUGCACCACAGUUUCUGUGAUAAUUACAACUAGGAGCCCAAAUGUUCAGUAUUAAUAUGUGAGGUCAUUAGGGAGGACCAAUUCUAACAACUGCUGGUACCAAGCAAUGAAAACAUGAAUAUUAGGUUUGACACAAGGUAUUUCCAAGCAGACUCAUUCUCUGUUUCCUCCUGUUACUUUUCUUUGCACUGUAUAUCUUUUCCUAACCUAUAGGAAAGUCACUAUAAUUUGCUGUGUGGACAUUGUAAAAUGGACCAUAAAAAAAAAUUGGG